AUGCGACAGUUGCGACUAACCAUAAUCUCAUAUACCGGUUUAAAGGUUGGUUGGAAUGCGAGUUGUUUAAGAAAACCACAAGGCACCGAGGAGCACAUGGGCAGGGUAGAAUACGAAAUUAUUAUGGUGGAGCCAUACGGCUUCAGUAAGGUCAACCUCCAACAAGAAGAAUGGAUCAGUUACAGAUGGAGCUCGGUCAACUAUCAGAAACCAUUUGUACCAGCACUUCAGGGAACAGAACCAACGAGAUGGUGCGCUACGACUUCAUACUUACGCUACAUCGAUCCCGAUGUCAUUAAAAGUGCACCCGGGCUCAGCGAUGGUUCGAUGAGUGCACUAUAG